GUGGUCAACCUUGCCUUGUCCGGACUGGAGAAGGUGUGGCGGAACGGGGAGUCCUCAAAUGAGCAUGGGACAGACUCCCUCAGCGAGGCGGACAGUGAUCUGUUUGCAGUUGAACGGCUGGAGGCGUUGGGCGAACUGGUCUCAGAGAUCGCUGAGGGUCGAGGUGGGGAGCAGGGGGCUGAGAAGAAGUUGGGGAAAGCUGAUGAAGAAGGAGAAGAGGGAGGCAUGGUCAGCAAAGUAGAGCAGAUGAAACUGGAAAUCGAGCGAAUGAAGAGAAAGUGCAUGGAGGCUAGGGAGAGUCAGGCAGCCCGGGAGAUGUCCAAGGAGCUGCACAAGAACAUGCCAACGAUGCGGGAGGUGACAAAUGCCCUCACCAAGGAAGCAGACAUGCUGGAGCAGGCCAAGUCAGAGCUGGGUACCGACAAGGAAGACUUCAUGGCAACGGUGGGGAAGGUUCGCUGGCGGAAGGCGCAGCGGUCUGCAUCACAGGGAAAGUUGAACCCGCCCCCACCCCAAGUAGGUGGCCCUGAAGACAAGAGACCGAUGUCCCCUUGA